AUGAAUACGGAAUCAUCGAGUAUAAUCGAUACACAACAAAUAGAUAUUGUUAAUCCUCUUAAACGUCGAACAACAUUUAUUAAAUUCAAACCAAAUGGACGUACAUAUUCACGUGUAUAUUAUUUAGUUCUAUCAGAAGAUUCAAUACAUUAUCGUGGUUCGAAAUCGAAAUCAAAAACUGAAGCAUGUAUGAUUAAAGAUAUUGAUCAAAUUCGUUCAGGUUUUACAACAAAUGUUUGGAAAAAAUGUUUAACUAAAAGAAAAAUUACGGAUGAACAAAAUCAUUUAGCUUUUUCCAUUCUUUAUAAUAAUAAUCGAAAAUCACUUGAUUUACUUGCUGAAUCCGAAGAUAUUCGUUCACAAUGGAUACAAGGUUUAGAAUAUUUAGUAAAUCGUUAUCGAUCACAUAUGCGUACACAUCAGGAAAUAAGUGAUCAAUGGAUAUGGCAUUUAUUUUCUCAAGCUGAUUCAGAUCAUUCAGGACAAUUAGAUCGUAGUGAAGUUCGUCAUCUUUUAUAUACAUUGAAUAUUCAAUUAGAUGAUGAUGAAAUAAAUCAAUAUUUUAAUCAAGCAAAUAUACGUGCAAGAAAUAUUUAUGAAUUAAGACAUUUAGACAAGGAUGAAUUUUUAAUCUUUUAUAAAUAUGUCUCACAACGACCGGAAUUAUUAAAAAUUAUUUGUCAUAGUGUUGAAGAAAUGUCAGCAACUUUAUCGGAGUAUACUGUCAUUCAUAAACUACCAAAUUUAAUACAUCGUUCACGUCAUUCUCAAUCAUUAAGUUUUCGAAAACGAAAAAAUCCGAAAACAAAAACUCGUUCAUUAAGUUUUCGUCGUCGACGUUCACCAUCGAUAACUCCCGAACAUCCUACAACAUCGAAUACAAUUGAACGAAAAAAUUAUUUAACUAUUGAACAAUUAAAAGAUUUUUUACAAAAAGAAGAAUGUAUAAGAGCUUUAUCAAUUGAAGAUUGUUCGAGAUUAAUUGCAAGAUUUGAACCAUCAGUUGAAGGACGUCAAUGUGAAGAAAUGGGUGUUGAUGGUCUUCGAAUACUUUUACUUCAUGAAGAAUUUUGUCUUAUGAAUGCUGAUAAAUCAAAUCGUAUUUAUCAUGAUAUGACAAGACCAUUUACUGAUUAUUUUAUAGCAACAUCACAUAAUACUUAUCUUCAAAAUAAUCAAGUUUUUGGUGAUUGUACUCCUGAAACUUAUGUACAUGCAUUACGAACUGGUUGUCGAGCAGUUGAACUGGAUUGUUAUGAUGGUGAAAAUAUGGAACCAUUAGUUUAUCAUGGAAAUACAAUAACAGUACCAGUUUCAUUUAAAGAUAUUUUACUUGCUAUUGAAACAGUAGCAUUCACAGCUUCACCUUAUCCACUUUUUUUAAAUAUUGAAAAUCAUUGUUCAUAUCAGCAACAAGCUGUUAUGGCUCGUCUUUUAAAACAUAUUUUUAAAGAUCGUCUAUUGACUGAACCAUUAGUAGAAAAUUUUAAAACUUUACCAUCACCAGAACAACUCAAACAUAAAGUUCUCAUACGAAGUCGUUGUCAUUCAAAAGGUAAAACUAUGGCUGAUCCGAAAUCUGAUCGAAGUAAUGAUGAAACAGAACCAAAUCCUAAAGAAUAUCAUCCUGAAUUUGCUGCUUUAGUUGUUUACUCACAAAUUGUUUCAUUUACAAAUAUAACUCAUACAUUAUCUACACAAAAAUGUUAUCAUACAAUAUCAUUUAAAGAAACAAAAGCGAAUGAUUUAAUUGCUGUUGAAUCACCACAUCAUCUUGAUUUUAUUACAUUAACACAAGAUCAUUUAGUACGUGUUUAUCCUGGAACAUUACGACAAAAUUCAAGUAAUUUACAUCCAUUAUUUUAUUGGACUUAUGGUGUACAAAUGGUCGCACUUAAUUAUCAAGCAAAUGAUGAAUCCAUGUGUCUUCAAUAUGGAUUUUUUAGUGAUAAUGGUGGAUGUGGUUAUCUAUUAAAACCCCCAUGUUUAUUAGCAAAUGAUCGAUCAUUUGAUCCAAAAGAAAAAUUUUAUGAAAAAGGUAAACGUUUACAAAUUCAUCUUAUUAGUGGUCAACAUUUACCCAAAGAAAAUAAUUCCAUUGAAGAUCCUGAUAUAUCCGAUCCAUAUGUUAUAGUUUAUACAUAUGGUGUUGAAUGUGAUUAUACAGAACAUCGAACACCAUCAAUACGUAAUAAUGGUUUAAAUCCUAUUUGGGAUUAUAAAAUAACCGCGGAUAUUUAUUGUCCAGAAUUAUGUUUAGUUAUUUUUCAAAUACGUGAUCAUGAUCGUUUUGGUCGUUCGACAUUUCUUGGACAAGCUUGUAUACCAUUCAAUGCACUUCAAUUAGGUUACAGACAUGUUAAACUAAAAGCUAGAAAUGGAGAUUUUAUCCAUGGAACAAUAUUUCUACAUGUUCAAAUUGAUGAUUUUUAA